AUGAACGUUCUCCUUUCCCUUCUGACCUUCGCUCACUUGAUUUGCGCCGGAGCCGCAGCACUCUCUUUGGAGCGCCAACUUGUUGUGGAGGACGGGAUCCGUGCGGGACGCAGAACCUGCAGGCUGUACUGUCGUGUUGGCAUCGGCUUCCAUCUCCAGAUCCACUCGGAUGGAAGAGUGAACGGCAGCCAUGAGCCCAACCAGCUGAGUGUUCUGGACCUGUUUGCAGUUUCUCAGGGAGUUAUUGGCAUCAGAGGGGUCUACAGUAACAGAUUCCUGGCCAUGAAUAAAAGAGGACGACUCCAUGGCACCGAAAAGUUCACAGAGGACUGCAAGUUCAGGGAGCGUUUUCAGGAGAACAGCUACAACACGUACGCCUCAGUAAUCCACAUGAACCACAGGACUGGCCGCGAGUGGUUCGUGGCCCUCAACAAGCGAGGGAAGGCGAAAAUGGGCUCCAGCCCACGGGUCAAAUCCCAACACGUCUCCACACACUUCUUGCCCAGGGUCAGCCUCCUCCAUAUGAGUGAACGUGGCUUCACCAUCACAGACAGGAGCAAGGACAGACAGAAAGCCCCUACUCCGCCCAGAAUUCCCCAGGUGAAGCUCAGCGUCCAGGCAGAAAUGGCGCAAAGACGGAGACAAGUGAAGUACUGGCCCAAGUAUCGGUUUGGAUAAGUGUCCAAGGGUUUGGACGUUUAAUGUGCUCAGAACAUUCCGGGUCUCCGAAGUGUGAUUUAAAAAAAAUAUUUUUUUUAACGGACUCACAUGUGACUGUUGAGUUUGUUGAAGCUGAAGCUCGUUCCCGGGUUUUCCUUCAACACGAGCUAAUGAUGCAAAACUUUUAAUUACUUCUGCCGAGGAGCUGAAGUCUUUGCUGGUCUACUUAAAAUUACUGAAGUGUUUUUCAUGAAACAUGAUGUGUACUUCAGAAGAACAUGUUACAUUUUGAUACAUAUUUUUCUUUGUCAAUAACUCAAAAAUAACAUCCUUUAUUUAAAGAACUGUAGGCGUGUCUAUACAACUUAGUGUUGAUGGUGAGAGCGAUCUGGAUCCAGGAGGUGGUUGAUUCUUGUCUUAGGUUCUGAAUAUCUCCACCCUUUAACAAACAGAUUUACAAGAACUGUCCUGCACAUGAGGACUGGUUCUCCACCAGCAUCCUGCUCCUUCUGGGUGGCUGUGAGGGAUCAAGGACAAAACUCUCCAUCAACAGUGUCAUUAUAGAAACUGGCUGUCAUUAAAGACAACCAGAGUCACAACUUCACAGUGUUUCACCCA